AUGCCACUCGAUUGGGACGGUACCGUUCCUCUCAAGGAGCUUUUUUCAUCUGCUCUGAGAAUUGCACAGCGAAUAGAACGCGAGUCAUCGCAAUGGUCAACAAGUACGAAAGAUGGAGGUAGAAUCGUCAAGAACAAUGAGCGAAAGAAGAUUCAUGCUAGUGUAUCACAAGCGUAUGCACAACAUGAGCCCAGUUCGCCAAAAGCAUACUUGACAGAACAUCAACUGGAUCAAGCUUAUCAUGACUCGCAAUACACUGCGGAAGACAUCGAAAAGUUCCUCGGCGAGAUGCUUGAUCUAGAACUGGACCCGAGAGACCCCCAAGACCGCGAAGACUGGCUGCAAUUGCUAGCUCACUUCUCGGAAGGAGACGUCGAGUCACGUUCGACGAAAUGGAAUGGCACUCGAUACGGACGGUCGAUGUGGAGAUUGUAUCACCAAGUCAGGUUCGUUUGGGACAGAGAUUUCGAUAGCGAAGAACACCUCGACCCUGUAGAAGCAUACAGAAGGGUACUUGCUGGCUUCAGAGCCUGGAGGGAGCCUCCCACUACGAACCCCUUCCUUAUACAAGAUUCGGUAAUCUCUGGAUGUGAAGCUGCCGAGUCUGAAACCGAGUCUUUGUGGUCGGAUUCUACUUCCAGACUGGAUCGCGAGAGCUCCUUCAAUGCUUCCGCUUCUAAUCCUAUCUCUGCGUUUUCGGGAACGGCUUCGUCCCAUCUCACGCGAUCGAGGUCCCGCGAGCGAACUGGCUGA